CUGCGUUAAUUUUUUUAUUGGUCUACGCUCUAUCUGAAGUGACGAGCCUUGGGGUAUAAAUACAGCCGUCCUGUCAUCAACGAUGAAGGAUUUGGGACCCUGACACUCUCUUCCUGUAAAAACGUCAAAGGCCUAUCCUAUCGGAUCCCACACCAUGUCCGCCUACUGGCAAGUUCAAGCUCGCAAAGCUCAGGAUAUUCUCCAACAGUCUAUCCCAAAGCAAUGGCUCAUACCUACCGACAAACUUCCCUCGGCAGACGAGCUUCAUGUAGAGGACUUUCCGCACAAGAGUGGACUCCUCACUGAAAGAGAACUUAAUAUUACGGAAACGUCCGCCACAUCUCUUGUCAAGGAUAUGGGAGAGGGAAAACUCAGUGCCGAGGAGGUGGUGGUAGCCUUCCUGAAAAGGGCUGUUAUAGGCCAUCAGUUGCUUAACUUCGCCACAGAAUUCAUGGCUGAAAAAGCCAUUGCGAGAGCUAAGGAGCUAGACAGGCACUAUAAAGAGACUGGGAAAUUGAUAGGUCCUCUGCACGGAGUCCCGAUUAGUGUCAAGGAACACAUUGGAAUCAAAGGGCUAACAUUGCAUGGAGGUUACGCUGCUUGGGUUGACGAUAUUGCAGCAGACGAUGCCAUUCUUCUCCAAUAUCUCGGGAAAGCUGGUGCAGUCUUCCAUGUCCGAACCAAUCAGCCACAAUCUCUCAUGCAUCUCUGCUGCAGCAACAACCUUACUGGGACUACUUUAAACCCCUACAACCGAAAGCUGAGCCCCGGAGGCUCUUCUGGUGGGGAGGGGGCGUCUAUGGCAUUCAAAUGUGCACCUCUAGGAAUCGGAACAGAUAUUGGCGGCUCGAUCCGAGCCCCAGCGGCAUUCUGUGGUGCUUAUGGUUUCCUUCCAACAGCACGACGAAACCCUUGUAUUGGGAUAAAGGCCCCCUCGCUUGGAAAUGAGUCUAUUCUAGGUGCUAUUGGCCCACUUGCGAGUCAAUCAAUUGAAGAUCUUAACUUAUUCCAGCGUGCGGUUAUUGACCAGGAGCCUUGGGACAUAGAUAUAUCACUGGCACCAGUCCCUUGGAGAAGAGUGAAGCCAACUAAGGAGAUGACAAUCGGAAUUAUGUGGGAUGAUGGGUGUGUCCGCCCGCACCCUCCCGUGACCCGAGCUCUAAAGCACGCACAGGAGAAACUUCAAACAGCUGGGAUCAAAGUUGUUGACUGGGAGCCAUACAAACAUGCUCACGGUUGGGAGAUAGUUUCUUCUCUCUAUUUCCCUGAUGCAGCCGCCAGUCAACGAGCCAUCCUUGCACAGGCUGGGGAACCGAUUUUACCUCUCACCGAAUGGGCCCUUCAAUAUGGUCCCAAAACUCCUUUGACUGUACGCGAGAAUUGGGAGCUUAACUUGCAGCGCGAAGUAUAUCGAUCUGAAUACCACGCCCUUAUGAAGUCCCGCGGAGUUGACUUUGUUUUAUGCCCCUCGUAUGUUGGUGUUGCACCGGUAUUGGGUGAACCCCACUACUGGAAUUACACCGCGAUUUGGAACAUCCUUGAUCAGCCUGCUGCAGUCUUCCCGAGUGGAUUAACUGUAGAUCCAGCAUUGGAUGCAGUGCCAGAAUAUCAACCUCGAAGUGCAGUUGAUGAACGUGAGUGGAAGAACUAUGCCCCCGAGAGAUACGCAGGAGCUCCCAUCGGGCUGCAGCUAGCUGGAAAGCACUUCAAGGACGAAGAAACCCUGGCCGCUGCCGAGUUGGUAUCAAAUAUAAUGUUUUUCAAGGCUCUGGAUUUAACCACCGCACUCCGUCCCUCUCUGUUGCCCGAUGAGACUUUGCUCUUUGUCCAGGAUGCGGUGGGGUUGUAUGAGGGCAAAUAUAAGGUCGCCAACUAUCAAAACGGCCAUGCUUACCUGACGUCACACCGAGAUUCCCAUGCUUACUUGAACCAGGCAGGUUUCUUGAAGUCCUCCGCGAAGAUCACCAUAUACCCCAAACCCCCGAAGAACCAAGAUAGAUCGAAAAGCGCUGGCGCAAGCCCAUCCCCGUCACUACCUUCCAAAGCUAGUUCACAGUCCCCUCUCCCUCAGGCGUCAACACCGCAAUAUACCCCGCCGCUCCCAAAGCCAUUGAAUGCAACUUGGAUUUGUCCUAUAUGCUCCUUCUCCAACCCAGUGCCUUCCAACUUUGACCCCUCUACGGCUACUCAUUCGACUCCAAUCCCACCGUGUCUCGCAUGUGGUAUAAAGCCCCCAUUCACAACCAUCCUUAAGGCUGCUAUCGCCGCUGCAGCUAGCCGUAAAGGUUCUUCGACAAAUUUGGGAGGCAGCCAGCUGGGACAGGAGUCACAAACUCAGGGUAAUGGGCAUAAAAACAGUUCAAGCCAGAAAGUUGGCACAUCGAUACCAUGUCCUCGAUGCACCUUUGUGAACCACCCUUACCUUCUCGAUUGUGAGAUAUGCGGCGCUUCCUUAUCGGCUGCGAGCGAGCUGAGCCCCUCCAUCGAUCAGAGUAGAUCGGAAUCUCCGGCGCCGAUUUUUGAGGAAGGAAAUAUUCGCAACACUCAAGUCAGCGAGAGUAUAAAACUUUCCUUUAGAGGAGGCGGAGAGAAACCUUUCCUAGAGAGGCUCAAGGGCGCGCUGAUCCAAAGGAAAUGGCUGCUCUACGAUGCGCCACCUGUACCACAACAACCCUCGCAGUCCCAGAUGACCUCGUCACCUGGCUUAACGCUGGCUGCACCUUCUGGUGUCAUUGCACCUGCCCAGACCCGAUCACCUGGGGUUGGUAUUGCCGGUCUAGAGCGGCGAGGGCUUGAAGCACGUCGAAAUAACGAAUUCGUUAUUGGAAAUGCAUUCGAGGACCUCGAAGCGCUUAUGGCCUCAGCAAAGCAAAUUGUCGCGCUCGCCGAGACACUUGCAAGAGAAUCCGGAAUGUCCAGCGGAGAGGCCAACUCAGAAGCCAACGCAGUACUUUCUGAGUCGGCAGCGGCUCUUGGAAUGGUCACCACUAAAGAUAUGCUCGGGUCUGGAGCUGCGAAUCUUUACCUCUCGGAGCUGUCUCGAAAUCUAGCGGAGUAUCUUACUGACGACCGAAAGGGGGUUUUACACAAAGAGGGUGGAAUUAUGAGUUUGAUAGACCUGUGGGCGGUAUUUAACAGAUCUCGAAAUGGGGUAGAGCUCGUGAGCCCCUCUGACUUCCAGAGAGCUGCUGAGCUGUGGGAAAAAUUAAAAUUACCUGUACGCCUUCGCCGAUUCAAGAGCGGUCUUCUUGUGGUUCAGAGAUAUGACUGGAGUGAUGAAAAGACUAUUCAACACCUACUAGACUGGAUGACCGAGCUUCGUCGAACUCCCCCUUCCGAACCGGUCCCCUGGGAUUGGCAAUUAUUUGGACGUCCAGUGACGGCGCAGGAGGCUGCGCAACGUUUCAAGUGGAGCGUUGGUGUCGCAGCCGAGGAACUGGAGAUGGCUGAAGAUAAAGGCGUUCUGUGCAGAGAGGAAGGCAUUGAGGGCCUGAGAUUUUGGAAAAAUUACAUCACAUUUGAUCCAGAAUCGGAGGAUACUGGCGGGCUUUCUCUCUCCAUUCUCGACGUUUAA